GUCUCAUCAACAGCCACAAGAACAUGCACAGGAGUGUGCCACAGCCACUGCCAUCGGUGCCACCCCUCUGGAACAACCCUGGCUAUAGCAGGAGAGGAGCUUUUUCUGCCAGGUACCCCCAGCAGCAGGCUCCCAGGAAUUUCCACCCACACCAGACUCACUCCUGGAGGAAAAAAUAUUCCCUCGACAACCGUUCUCCGGGAUCGGCGUACGACGUGGGAAGUGCUGCCAGCACAUCCCGAGGCUUUGGGAGCUAUGGGGACAACCACAUGUCUGAGCUGCUGGAAUCGUCCCCGGAGAGACACGUGGACUUAACCAUGGAUGGGAACAUAGUGGUGGGCAUCCAGAUGCCACAGAGAGCUUCCCAGUUUGUGGAUACGAAAGAUCUGCGUUCUCACAGGGAGUUUUCCAGGCUGGAAGCACCAGUUGGUCCUGCAGGUGAUGCUAAAAAUGUCCAGAAAUCUCUGUACACAAUCCAAAGUGAAGAGAGAAGACCUUCCCUGUCAGUUUCCUUUAGUUCAGCAUCCAGGACGGUGUGUCUGCCCAGGAACAACUUUUCCUCCUCUGGAAGUACCAGUGAAAGUGCUGUGACACUGAAAUCAGAGCCACAAGAGCCUCUGGAAUUGCUGGAUCAUGAGCCAACAGGACACUUGGUACAGAUCAAGACAGAACCACCAGCUCCAGGCCAGUCGAGCUGUGAGGAAGUCAGUGAUGCUUCCAGAGAGCUGAAAUUCCUUGGAAGUGGUGACACACUCUCCAUACCUGCUCAUGUUGGGCUGACUCUGGCGAAGAGCAGGUUUCCCAUAGUCCCCAAAGCUGCUGCUGUCCCAAGAGCUGUCUCCACACCCAGCUCCAGCAAAUCCCAGAAAUUCAGGAAAAAUAACUACACCUGGGUGGCAAGUCCUGGGAAAAGCUCUCGGAGUGUGAAGAGGUGGGUGAGCCCAAGAGCUGAAAAUGCUAAGAAGGUUAGUGGGGGAGUGGACAGAGGUGCUAAGGCAUCACCCAAAGGAGAGUUGGGAGCAAAGCCGAAGAAAGCAGGAUUGCAAUCCAAAGUGGGUGUUUCUCCCAGUAAAUACAAGUGGAAAGCUUCCAGCCUGCAGACCUUGCCCUCUACUUCCAAGUCAGCAUUCCAGUGGAGAUCUGAGGAUCAGAAGAAACCUCUAGCCCUCAACAUCCCUCGAGCCAGUCCUGUCCCACCAGCUCCAAGUGCUGCACUGGUUGGUCCUGGUGGGAUGAGAUCCUCCUUUGGAGAGACUCCUCUGUCCACUUACAAAGUGAAGAGUCGGACAAAAAUCAUCAAGAGGAAAGGGAACUUAGGCUCUCCAACAGAUAAGAAGAACAUCUCACCCACAGCAGCUCUGAAGAGCCGAUUCCACCUCCGCAGGAGAAGCUCCUCACGGGGAAAACCUUCGGUGACGCUGAAACGUUCCUCACCCAGAGGUUUAGUGCAGAUCUCCAAGCACAGGCUCUGCAGGCUGCCAGCGACCAGGACACCCCUGGCCACCAAGGAAG